GCUCUCUCUUCUCCACACACUCAAUUCUCUCACUUCCUAUCUAGCUUUCUUACAAGAAACACCAAUGGCAAAACUAAACCAAACUCUCUUUCUAAUCCUCUCAAUCUUCUUCUUCUUCUCGCCGGCGCUCACUGCCGCCACCGCAGCCUCACGGGCUGGAGCCUCCAACAAAGCCGUGAACUUCAUCCAAUCCUCUUGCAAAACCACCACAUACCCAGCCGUGUGCUUCCACUCCCUCUCAGCCUACGCAAACGCCAUACAAACAAGCCCUAAACGCUUAGCCGAGACCGCUCUAGCCGUAACCCUGAGCCGAGCCCAAUCCACCAAACUCUUCGUCUCGCGUCUGACGCGUUUCAAGGGCCUUAAGAAGCGCGAGGUCGAAGCCAUCAAGGACUGCGUUGAGGAGAUCAACGAUACCAUUGACCGUUUGACCAAGUCGGUCCAAGAGAUGAAGCUAUGUGGGAGUGCCAAAAAUCAAGAUCAGUUUGCGUUCCACAUGAGUAAUGCUCAGACUUGGACUAGUGCGGCUUUGACAGAUGAGAACACUUGCUCCGAUGGUUUCUCGGGUCGGGUCAUGGAUGGAAGGAUCAAGAACUCGGUUCGAGCUAGAAUUGUUAACGUGGGUCACGAAACUAGCAACGCCCUGUCCUUGAUUAAUGCAUUUGCUAAGAAGUAUUAAUUUAAGUUUUAAGAAAUAUUUUGUGGCAUCUCAUAUAUAAAUAAUAUAUAUAAUGGUCUCCGUAAAUGUAAUAUAUAUAUGCCGAGUUGGUUAGAUUUUUUUUUCUUAUUUGGUUUGUACUAUUGUCCAUUUGUAUUUUGAGAUAUAAAAGUUUAAGAAGUUGA